AUGCUUCAGACUUCACGGUGUGCUUUGGGCUCAUUUGUUCUUAAUGCACACGUGAUUCCGGACUGGUGGCAGUCAUUUCAUAGGGAGGAUCAACAUCGGGUGGCUUGUGCUCGCAUCAAGCAUCUCCGCACACCACAUGGCGAUAACGGAAGAGACGGCGUCGCUCCCAUCAGAUUACCAGAAGCAGACGAAUUGGUCAAGACAUACACACGAAACCACAAUGCGGAGGAUCUCAGCUUUACUGUACAAUAUAUUCGAGAGACGCUGGGUGAACCACUGAAUUCCUUGCAUUACCACUCACUUUUUCGUGUUUUUAAUUACACUCGAGACAAGGAGAAUAUUGAACAACUUUUGCAUGUUAUUAUAGAACGUGGGGAGGCGAACAUAGAUACAUAUGCUCUUGUCAUUGAUGCUCUUCACUGCUUGAGCCCUGUAGAUACGCUCGCUAGGAUGAUGCGUAUGAUCGAUGUCACUCAAACAUGUUUUGGAACGCUGCGAUCUGAGACUGGUUGCCCGCUGUUAUCGUCAUUGCUUCACCAUGUAGCUAACUCUGGUAAGUACCCAUCCACGGCGGUUUUGCUUGUGGCGCUUUGGAUACGGGCUUUGGGAGUUCAGCUGUGUGAUUGGGACUAUGUACAUGUCCUUGCUACUCUACUUUCGCGUCCAGAGGACUUUCCUCGGAUACGGAGCACCUUGGGUGUUUUUAGCGAGUUUCCCCGAGGUAGUGUGAGUCCAGAAGCCGUUUUUAAGCGAUUGGAGAACCGUGGGGAGUUAUCACCAGCCUCAAGUCCGCUUAACACACUUGUUGAUGCGAUGCGAGCUUCGCUUUCACAGGCGGGCGUGAAUCUUGAUGAACCCAUACUGAAUUGUGUCAUCAAUACGAGAACCGCUGGGCUCUCAUCUAUGGUGGAAUAUAUUGUUGCCGAUAUGACAUCUAUUGCCAUAAGCGGGAAUUUUUACGGAGACAUUUUGAGUUGUUAUCAUGCGCUUGCUUUGCUGUACAGCACUCUUCGCAAUGAUACUGCAGCUGUGGAAACAUUACGGUAUGUCGCAUGCGAGAUCCGUCGCCGGGAGCGUUCUGUCAACGCUGAUGGAGGACGUGCGGCAUUGGCGUCGCGUGGGGAAUGUGUGCACCACCACUACUUGAUGGACAUAGGCAGUGUUCUCAGCCGCGUCAGCAUGAGAACUCUGCAGGGGGCCCGGGUGGAUUACGCCCAUUUGGCGCAGAAUGCGAACUCGGAUGUCUUGGAAAACGACAUUGUGGCAGCUGAGAGCUACGCAAUUCUCUUUGUACGUAGCAAUGAAGAGGCGGAAGAAGCACUUCGACAGGUGUCGCAGAGCGUUGACUUGUCUUAUCAUCGUACACGACUUCCUACAAAGCUGUUAUUUCGACGAUUUGUCGAGCUCUGUGCCCGUCACCCAAAGAAAAACUGUAAGUUGACACCGGUCGGUUUGGAGGAGCGCCGGAAGUGGGGCAGGUACCUUGACGCGCGAGAUGCCUCACUUGCCCUUUUUGGUUCAGCAAAACAAGCGCGCGAUUCCAUGAAACACUUGUUUUACAACGACAACAAAUUACCAGAGCUGCGUAGCCCCGCGAUGAUAGAACGAGAUAUGAAUGACACAGCAGCUCUGUUUAAGUGGAAGCGGGCUCCAACCAUUGCAUCGUUGCGGGUUCGAUCCUCCCUUCCUCAUGUAGGCUGCCCAGCAGACCCUGUACCUCGCCAUCUGUGGGAUCCGGAGGUGUACAACCCAUAUCCACAACUCAUGUUACAGAUGAGCCCUAUGGAUGACGAACGUGUCACGCAUGACAUGUUUCAGGAGGUGUGGCGCGUUCUCAUGAAUCCGUCAGUUGUUGGAACUGACCAGUGGUACUUGCGUGACUCAGAAAUGUAUCUCUUGCUGUUGCGGUGCCUCAUUCAUCGGCUGGAUUGGGAGGCGGCGGUUCACUUGACGCUGAAGACCAUGGAAAAUUUAACGUACACCUACAUGAUGGAUCAUGAGGUGACAUUGAUGUUUCAGGAAAUUGGUGACCCCGCUGGUUGCUUGGCGUUUAAAGUGGCAACCAAACUCUUUGAUGGACGUAUCCUCAAAGACGGUCAAAGCAAGCGGGACAAGUUUCACCAGGAGCAGUUUGGUGAGAUGUGA